AUGGCGAGCGAAACAGCUGCAGGAGCAGCAGCCACUUUAGCAGAGGCAGCAGCAGCAGCUGUAGCAGCAGCAGCAGCGGCAGCGACUGAGAAGCAGCUAGGAGUAACAGCAAUGCCUCCACGUUAUACAGACACUCCGCCUAGUGCAGCAUCUGAUAGAGGGCCUCUGCAGCGCAGCAGAAGGACACAGGAGGCCCUCGGCCCCACAGGGGGGCCCCCCCAGCCGCAGCAGAAACUGCAGCAGCUGCGGCAGCAGCAGCAGCAGCAGCAACGGCAACUGCUGCAGCUGCGGCGAAGCAGCGCAAGGCCCGUCAUUUAG